AUGGCGGAGCUGCUGAUGGCGCGGCUGGCGGGCUCUGGAGUCUGAUUUUUCUCCCCCGGAGCUCUCGCGACCGAAAGGAUGGCGGACCCUGCGAGGGGAGACUCGCGUGGUCGCGCGCCCGAGCUCCCUGGAGACCUGUCCUCACAGGAAGAGGAAGAGGAGGAAAGCGACUCCGACGCCGGGGCCAGCAGCUUGGGCUCCUGCUCCUCAGCCAGCAGCGACACUGAUCUGGAGCCCGAGUGGCUGGACAGUGUGCAGAGGAACGGAGAACUGUUCUACCUGGAGCUGAGUGAGGAUGAGGAGGAGAGCCUCCUUCCGGAAACCCAGACUGUGAACCAUGUGAACCACGUCAGGUUCAGUGAGAAGGAGGUCAUCAUCGAAGAGGACGAUUCCAGAGAAAGAAAGAAGUAUGAGCCCAAGCUUAGACGCUUCACCAAGAUCUUGAAAAGCAAAAGCCUUUUACCUAAGCGUCACCACAAAAAGAACAGCAGUAACACUGGGCCUGUGUCCAUUCUGAAGCAUCAGUCCACCCAGAGGACCGGAGUCACUGUGCAGCAGCGGUACAAGGAUGUGACUGUCUACAUCAACCCCAAAAAGCUAACGGCCAUCAAAGCCAGGGAGCAGGCCAAACUCCUGGAAGUGCUGGUGGGAGUCAUCCAUCAGACCAAGUGGAGCUGGAAAAGGAGCGGGAAGCAGGCAGAUGGAGAGAGACUUGUGGUGCAUGGCCUGGUGCCCGGUGGCUCUGCUAUGAAGAGCGGUCAGGUACUGGUUGGCGAUGUCCUUGUUGCUGUGAAUGAUGUAGAUGUGACUUCUGAAAACAUAGAAAGAGUUCUGUCCUGCAUCCCUGGGCCAAUGCAGGUAAAGCUGACAUUUGAAAAUGCAUAUGCUGUGAAAAAGGAAACAGCCCAACCAAAAAAGAAAAAGGCACAGUCGAGCACAAAUGAUUUGAUGAAACUCCUCUGUGGGUCAGAGGCUGAUGCCACCCAGCACAGUACCCUGAGCAUCCCACACAUCACCAUGUACCUCACACUGCAGCUCCAGUCAGAGGUAGCCCGGGAGGAGGAAAUGCUUUACCAUUACCCUGUGUCUGAAGCAUCUCAGAAACUCAAGAGUGUGAGGGGGAUUUUUCUCACACUCUGUGACAUGCUGGAAAGUGUAACUGGGACACAAGUCACUAGCUCAUCCCUCCAUGUAAAUGGGAAACAAAUUCAUGUUGCUUACUUGAAAGAGUCUGACAAGUUGCUGUUAAUUGGCCUGCCUGCUGAAGAAGUUCCUCUCCCCCAGCUAAGGAACAUGACAGAGGACGUCGCCCAAACCCUAAAGUUCAUGUAUGGUUCUUUAGACAGUGCCUUUUGCCAGGUUGAGAACACACCUCGUCUGGACCAUUUCUUCAGCUUGUUCUUCGAACGAGCUCUUCGGCCCGGGAAAUUACAUCUCAGCGCCAGCCCCAGUGCCCAGCAGUACGAUGCAGCCAGUGCUGUGCUUUUGGACAACCUCCCUGGAGUCCGUUGGCUCCUACUUCCACAGGAACUUAAGGUAGAACUGGACACAGCACUGAGUGACCUUGAGGCUGCCGACUUCCAAGAACUGUCCGAGGACUACUAUGACAUGAGACGGCUGUAUACAAUUUUGGGAUCUUCUCUGUUUUACAAGGGUUAUAUGGUGUGCAGCCAUCUGCCUAAGGACGAUGUUGUUGAGAUCGCUGCGUACUGUCGCCAGUACUGCCUGCUGCCUUUAGCAGCACAGCAAAGGAUUGGCCAGCUGAUAAUAUGGAGAGAAGUGUUCCCACAACACCACCUCCAGCCCGCUACAGACUCAGACACCGAGGCCUUCCAGGAACCAGAAGGGAGAUAUUUCUUACUAAUCGUCGGGUUGCGACAUUACAUGUUGUGUGUGCUGUUAGAAGCUGGAGGCUGUGCAUCUAAAGCUACUGGGAACCCUGGUCCAGAUUGCAUCUAUGUCGAUCAGGCCAGAGCAACCCUUCACCAGCUGGAAGGAGCGGAGUCCGGCAUAGAGGAACAGCUAGCCGCAUCCCCGGGGCCCUGCUUGUCCUGUGCUGACUGGUUCCUUGCUGCACCACGCGAAAAGGCAGAUAGUUUGACCACUUCGCCUAUCCUCAGUAGGCUGCAGGGGCCUUCCAAAACAGCAGCCUCUCCAACAUGCAGAAGAACCUUUUUCAGUGACUAUUCGUUCAAGGCACGGAAGCCCAGCCCCUCACGGAUUGGUGGAGGACGUGAACCUGGUGAAGGGGAAGAAAAUGUUGGUCUGAGCCCACACACUACCCCAGACACUGUACGGAAGCAAAGAGAAUCUGAAGGUUCAGACGACAAUGUGGCCUUGCUUAAGCUUGCUAGAAAGAAGUCAACACUUCCAAAUCCGUUUCAUUUGGGAACUUCGAAAAAAGAACUUUCAGAGAAAGAAUUGGAAGUCUAUAACAUGAUGAAAUUGACCUCCGGUCCUGAGAAUACACUCUUCCACUAUGUUGCCUUAGAAACAGUGCAAGGCAUCUUCAUCACUCCCACCCAUGAAGAGGUGGCUCAGCUAGGUGGUUCCGUCCACUCUCAACUAAUAAAGAAUUUCCAUCGAUCUUGUCUCACCAUCCGUGCAGUUUUCCAGCAGACGUUGAAGGAGGAGAAAAAGAAAGCGCUAAGUGACGGAGAUCAUUUGGAGUCUGCAAACUCAGUGUCUUCUCUGAGUCCUGUGAAAGAACACGGUGUACUGUUUGAAUGCUCACCUGAAAACUGGACUGAUCAGAAAAAGACACCACCAGUUAUGUCGUACUGGGUAGUAGGGAGGCUCUUCCUUAACCCAAAACCUCAGGAGCUAUAUGUCUGUUUUCACGACUCAGUCUCAGAAAUUGCCAUUGAAAUGGCAUUUAGAUUGUUCUUUGGGUUAACGUUGUAGCUGUGAUUGUAAGAUGCAGAGCGACACACAGAUGGACCACAGGACAGCGUUGGAAUGGCUGAAGUCAUGCAGAGAUGAGGCUCAUUGCCACCGUUGUUCAGGAUUGUACUCGUUAGAUACUGAGAUGCGGUACUGUUGAGUUGGUGCAUCAGUUCAUGCGUGGUAUCAUAUAAGACAUCUGAGCUGAUACUUGAUCAAAAUACAGAGACAAGAUUGCUAACUUAUUGCCAUUUUUGGUACACCAUGCUAAUUUAUUGAAUAGUUUUAAGUAAUGUGAACUCUUUAAUAAAGAUUAAUAUAG